UGACACCGUCGGCUUCAUCUGCGUAUUCAGACGCUCUAGAAAAGCGCUUCGCGAGAAAGAUGUACACGUCUACGAAAAUGUUUUCCUCUAAACAUUUUACACUGACAAUUUUUACAUUAACAACUCUAUUUAUUUCAUUAAAUUUCAUUUCAAUUGCUGAAUGUCACGGACAUGAUCACGAUCAUGGACAUUCUCACGAUGAACCUGCAUCUUUCAAAUAUUCACAGCAAGCAAACGAACUUCCUGCAGAUCAUGGACAUGCUCACUCUCAUGGGGGACAUGGGCAUACACACGGAGAUCAUGGUCACACUCACGGGGAUCAUGGUCACGCUCAUUCCCAUGGAGGAGAACAACAUGCACAUUCACAUGGUGGUAAACGGGAAGCCCCAGGACAUGGGCAUUCCCAUGGAGAGCAACCUAAAGGAAAAGCUGUGAAAAAUACUGGAAUAAAGUUGUUGAUUGAGGCUAUCACAGCAACAGCAGUCAUAAGCAUUUCACCAAUUUUCAUUUUGUUGUUUAUUCCUUUAGAUAAUACAGACAAACAUCAGCCAUUAUUGAAAGUUCUACUAAGUUUUGCAUCAGGAGGGCUGUUGGGAGAUGCCUUUCUCCAUCUUAUUCCGCAUGCAGUGUCUCCACAUUCACAUGGUGGAGAUGAUCAUGGACACACACAUUCCCAUGACGAAGGUGGACACUCUCAUGAUAUGUCUGUAGGGCUUUGGGUUUUGGCUGGUAUUAUUGCAUUCCUAAUGGUAGAAAAAUUUGUAAGGAUUGUAAAAGGAGAUCAUGCCCACUCACAUGCACCACCAAAGAAAGAAAAGGAGGCAAAAGAUAACAAGGAAAACACAAAAGAUGAUAAGGAAACGACCAAAGAAACUACAAAUAAAAAGACAGACGAGGUAGUUCAGACUAAAGAAACACCAGUUGAAGAUAUAAAAGUAGCUGGGUACCUGAAUCUUGCCGCAGAUUUUGCUCACAACUUUACAGAUGGUCUGGCUAUUGGAGCAUCUUUCAUGAUGGGUCAGAGCUUAGGAAUUAUAACAACUAUCACAAUUUUCCUCCAUGAGAUUCCCCAUGAAAUUGGUGACUUUGCUAUCUUGGUUCAGUCUGGCUGUACUAAGAAAAAGGCUAUGAUGUUACAGUUUAGUACAGCUAUAGGUGCUAUGCUGGGUACAAUCUCAAGUCUGUUUGCGGAGGGUGUUGGCGAGGCAGCGACUACAUGGAUAUUACCAUUUACUGCCGGAGGCUUCAUCUACAUUGCCACAGUUUCUGUCAUUCCUGAACUUCUAGAAGACACUAAACUUGGACAGUCCAUCAAAGAAAUUUUGGCUUUGUUAGUUGGCGUAUAUAUGAUGGUUUUAAUAGGACAAUUUGAAUAAUCAAUACUUGCAAUGAUUAUUGGGUAUACUAUAUUUAACUCAUAAAAUAACAGCACUAUAUUGUUUUAGCUUUAAAAUGGUGAACACUUGAAUUAACUGAUAGUAGAAAUCAAAAUGAUCAUAGACUUAGUUACUGUAUUUCAGAUCUAUCACAGUCAUUUUUCAUUAAAAUUAAAAAAAAUUAACAAAUUGUCUAGCAAGAAUGUUUGAAUGUGAUCAUUUUGUAAUUUGAGAGCUGGUCUCGAAGGUUUUCUUUUUAUUAUAUAUAAUAACGCUUAUAAUGUAAUAUAUAAGAACAUAUGAAACAAAGAUAUAUGAAUUAUGUUUACAUUGUUGUUAUUGUACUUUAUCAUUUUGUGUAUAAACAGCUUAUUCAUAUCAUUAACAACAGAAAUUUAAACUCAGAUAUCAUAAAACUGUUGCAGUAUAUAUACAUGUAUAUUGAUUCUACCUAGUUCUUUAUGAUUUUUAUCUUUGCUUUAUUUACAAGAGUUAGUCAGAACUUGGGAGAAUCACAGGAAAUGUUAGAUUAAUGUAACAUAUUAUUAUACUAGAUCAGU